GCUUGCAGAAUGUAAAAGUGUGGCACGGCUGCAUGCACAAGUCUUUGCAGGAUGGACUUUUAGAAGAAUCACGUGGGAAGUUGCAGGGAGCUCUCUUCUGGGUUAUUUGCAAACUCUCAGUCCCAGCAUGCAUCACAAAACCAAGUCACACUUCAUGGUUUUUAACAGGGGGAAGGUGGCAGGAAAUAGUCUGGAGUAAUAGUAAACAGAUGAUGAUGCCCUGCCUUUCAUAGUUACCGUUUAAUGGUAGUGUACCAGCAAUUGAGUGGUUAUAAAUUCUGUGGGGCAUAUAAUAAGGGGCAGUUUUUCCAGUCAGAAUGGGUUUUGUUACAGAGUGUUUGCUAGUUGGCUGAAUGCCUUUGCAUCUGCAUGGAGUAAAAGGCCUGCCUUCUGCGGUGUGGAGAUCCAGUGUGAAAGCAUUGCCAUGUGGAACCUUUCUCUCUCUAGCUUCUCUGCAAUGGAUGACUGGAACAGCACUAAAGCAUUUAUCCAGAGACUAGAUUUUUCCAGCUGUGGAGAAGACAAUGAAUUUGAAGAAGACAAUAGUAUGCAUGAAGAAGAGCCAAGAAAUGUCACCCCCCAGAAGACCUGGGAGUCUCAGAGCUGGAGGAUUAAUUGCCCUGUCCCAGUGACCCCCCAGAGGCAACUGGAUGAUCUUUCUCUGAGUUGCCUAAAGCAGCCCUGGGCAACUCCUACAAGGGAACACAGGGAGUCCAUGAGGAAGAAAUCGAUCCCUUCCGAGGACUACCCCGGGACUCCGUUACAUUAUGUCACUUGGCAGAAGCUGCAACUCUGUGAUACCCCACACACCCCAAAGAGUCUCUUAACCAAGACGGCUUUUCCUUCUCCUGCGGGAAAGUUCGCCUCCAAAGGGAUCAGGAACCUGCGGUUAACUUCCUGUGCUGACCCAGAGGAGCCUCCCCCAGCUUCACUGAUUAAUCCGUUUACCCCGGAAUCAUAUCGACAGAUGGUUUUCCAUCCCAGUGGCAAGAGGAAAGCCAGAGGAGAGCUGGAUGAUCCCAGCCAAAGAGGGGCUCAGCUGGAGCAAGGGCUGCCUGCCAAGAGAUUUCUCUUACAUGAGAGCAACAUGGUUUCCCGCUACAAGAAGGAAUUCCUGGAGCUGGAGAAAAUUGGUGUAGGAGAAUUUGGUUCUGUGUACAAGUGCAUCAAAAGGCUGGAUGGAUGUGUCUAUGCUAUCAAGCGUUCCAAGAGACCUCUUGCUGGAUCCUCAGAUGAGCAAAUGGCAUUGCGGGAGGUCUAUGCCCACGCUGUGCUGGGCCAUCAUCCCCAUGUGGUGCGCUACUACUCUGCUUGGGCAGAAGAUGACCACAUGAUCAUUCAGAACGAACACUGCAAUGGUGGGAGCCUUCAGGAUGUCCUUCUGGAAAACUCGAAGGCUGCAGAUUAUUUCAAAGAAUCUGAGUUGAAGGAAAUCCUGUUACAAGUUUCCAUGGGGCUGAAAUAUAUUCACACCUUGGGCUUGGUUCAUAUGGAUAUCAAACCCAGCAAUAUUUUUGUAUGUCACAAGUUGAUUGGGCCGGCUCUUCAGGAAGAGAGUGAUGGUGAAGAUGAUGGAUUUUCCUCUUCUAGUGUCGUGUACAAAAUAGGCGACCUUGGACAUGUGACAUCAGUAACCAAUCCCCAAGUGGAGGAGGGAGACAGUCGCUUCUUGGCCAAUGAAGUCUUACAAGAGCAAUAUUGCUACCUGCCUAAGGCGGACAUAUUUGCCCUGGCAUUAACCAUCUCUCUGGCAGCAGGUUGUGGGCCGCUGCCUUCCAACGGUACCAUGUGGCACCACAUUCGCAAGGGCAACCUGCCGCCAGUACCCCAGCAGCUCUCUCACGGUUUCAUGGAACUGCUCAAGCUUAUGGUCCACUCAGAUCCAGCUGCAAGGCCAUCGGCUGCUGCCCUAACGAAACACCUCGUCCUACGGCCUUCUCUUGGGAAAGCGGCCCAGCUGCAGAAGCAGCUCAGUGUGGAGAAGUCCAAAACCGCCAUGCUAGAGAAGGAGCUGAAAGCAGCCCGUCUUGCCCAAACCUUCAGAAGGGACCCAUCUUUGCAGUGUGCCAGGCCUCUAGAAAGUGGGGCCAAGCAGAGAAAGGGGCCUCAUGAAGCUGGAGCCAAGCAACAGAACAGCAAAAAACGCCUAGUGGGAGGGAAAGCGCCCCGCUCAUUCAGCUAUACUUGUGGCGGCUACUGAGUCUUCUCAAGCUCCCAAAGCUUUCCCCUUGUAGCAGGGGUUCUCAAAAUGGGGUCCCCAGAUGUUGUGGGAUCAAAAACCAUUGUGGCAGAGGAUAACAGAAGCUGUAGUCCUACAACAUCUGGGGACACCAUUUCAAGAAUCCCGUCUCAUAACAAAGAGAGCCUAUUCAGAUUAAAGGAUCGUCUUACUGAGCACUUGUUUGCCUAUCCCAUCAUGACUACAAGCUUCAUAGUAAUCCAGUUCAUUUGUGUAACAUGUCCUUUCCCCCAAAAAAACUAGUUUGUGUCCACAUUAACAACUCUGUCACUAGGAAUGUCUCCUUGGAGCUACAGUGGGCAAUCUUUCAUCCUGGAUUUUGAGAGGAGCUUUAUCGUUUGUAUUUCGCUUCUUAAGUUAAAAUGGGAUUUCUUAAAGUACAGGAAGCUUCAGAAAAUAGGUUAGAAAUGGCCUCUAGCUGUGUGUAAAGGGAAUACUUCUGUGGGGCUGUAGGUGGCUUCUUUCCUCUUGCAACUGGGGAAGGGACAAUGUGAGGUAAUGCCAUCUAUCUAAUCUUGAAGGCCUACCCUGUGAAAGUAACUAGAACAGAUUUAAUGCAGCUGUCCUAGUGAAUGGGAUUCGUUUGACGUGAACUAAAUUGCCCUAUUGCCAGCAAGGGUUGAUGAAAAUAUUGCCUGAUUUGGAAACUGGGGUUUGUUUUCCAUAUGCAACUCCUUUUUCCUCUUAAAUAUUUUGGAAGUAGAAGUCAUGAUGCAAUCUGGCCUUGGAUUGUUCAGAACAGAGUAGCUCCUUUAUCCUUAAUACGGUAGGCAGCAAGUGUGUGGCUGUCGAACUGACAGGUAAAGGCUCUAUCUCCUGCAGGUGUCCGUGGUGAUCUUUCUUCUAAGCGCAAUGCAAGGGAGACUGACAUGCUUUUAGAAUUCCUCCAUUUUCUGGGGAUUACGUUAUGUAAAGUGUUCAUAAUAAAAUAAAGGCAACCUUAUGCCCCUAUCAAAGUGUAACUUCUGAUAUGUCAUCAGCAAAUUCUACUGCUUUCCUGACUCUCUCAACCUUGCGCUAACCAGUAAGAGCAAAGUCUUUAGGGGAUUUCAAGCACUGCCCCCCAAUUUUAGUGAACAUGGUCUUGUUCUUAGUUUCUGGACAGCACUAAGAUUUUAGCUCUUGCAAGCCUUCCUUCCUUUAAGUGACACCUGUGUGAAUAAAGCUUUUAAUCUCA